AUGAGCGAAAGAUACAUCUUCUCCUUAACUACAUUCAGUCCAUCCGGAAAGCUUGUUCAGAUCGAAUAUGCAUUGAAGGCAGUUGAAGCUGGAGCUCCAUCUGUUGGUAUACGUGCCGCGAAUGGGGUUGUGCUUGCUGCAGUAAAAAAGUUCACUUCAAAACUUAUGGACGAGUCAACAGUGACAAAAAUUGAACAAGUGACAGAUGGGAUAGGGAUGGUUUACAGUGGGCUGUCGCCAGAUUAUCGUGUAUUGGUUAAACAGGCCAGAAAGUCGUCCCAGGCAUAUCAGCUGGCGUAUGGUGAACCUAUAUCUCCGGAACAAUUGGUUAUCCGAAUAGCUGCUGUUAUGCAAGAAUAUACACAAUCCGGUGUUUAA